UAGCGGUAGUUUAUGGUCGAAUUGAUCACUGUCGAAAACGAGAAUCUCAAAGGCCCCGCCUUUAAUUCAGUAAAUACAGUUCGUUUGGAAUAACCGAAAUGAUAUUUUUAUAAGAAACACAUUUAGAUAAACGAGGCUGCGGAAUACGUCAACCAUGGAUACAUAUAAGUUGAUUUGUUUGUUCGUGAUAGUGUCCCAGGCGGCAGCGCUACUGACAUCGCCGCCAAGAAUUGUAAAGCAGCCAACAGUAGAAGAGUUGCUGUUCCAAGUUGCGCAGCCCGGAGAAGUGGAUAAACCCUUCAUCAUUGAAUGUGAAGCAGAAGGAGAACCGGCACCCAAAUACCGAUGGAUCAAAAACGGCAAACCAUUUGAAUACUCGAGCUACGACACCCGAAUCUCCCAGCAGCCAGGGCGAGGCACGUUGGUUGUCAGUAAGCCCCGGGAUGAGGACCUCGGACAGUAUCAAUGCUUCGCCUACAACGAGUGGGGCACGGCCACAUCGAACUCCGUCUUCGUGCGGAAAGCCGAGCUCAAUUCAUUCAAGGAGGCUGACGGACCACAGCAAACCAUCACUGCCCAGGAAGGCUUCCCUUUCAAGCUUACCUGUGAGCCCCCCGACGGUCACCCUAGCCCCAAUGUCUACUGGAUGUUGCAAGGAGACCAGGGCCAGCUCAAAACCAUUAACAAUUCUCGAAUGACGCUCGAUCCCGAAGGAAACCUCUGGUUCUCGAACGUAACUCGAUUCGACGCUAGCAACGACUACGCGUAUACUUGUGCCGCCAAGUCCGUGUUCCGUAACGAGUACAAACUCGGCAAUAAGGUGUACCUAGAGGUGCAGCAGACGGGUCUUUCGCCGGCGCUGAACAAGCACGAACCUGUCCGUCAGUAUACUUCUAGGAGAGUCGAGAAGGCAUGGCGUGGGAAGAAGGUCGAACUCUACUGUAUCUAUGGAGGAACGCCACUACCCCAGAUAGUAUGGAAGAAGAACGGCAGCCGUAUUCUAUCAUCCCAACGGAUCACGCAGGACAACUACGGCAAGACAUUGGUGAUCAGACGCGCUGGCUACGAGGAUCAGGGCACGUAUACCUGCGAGGUCAGCAAUGGUGUUGGCACCGCGCAGACGUACUCCAUACAACUUAAUGUUGAAGCUGCACCAUUCUUCACGGAGGAGCCGCAGUUCCAGAACCUGGCUGAAGGGGAGACAGCGGUGAUCAACUGCCGCGCGGGGGGCACGCCCGAGCCCCAGAUCUCGUGGGUGCACAACGGCAAGCCGAUAGAGCAAGCAGAGCCCAACACACGUCGCCAAGUUACUGCCAACUCCAUCGUCAUCACCGACCUGGUGAAGAAGGACACGGGGAACUACGGUUGUAACGCGACCAACUCCAAUGGUUACGUCUACAAAGAUGUCUAUAUUAAUGUACAAUCAAUCCCACCUGAGAUCAAGGAGGGUCCAGAGAACCUGACUAAGGUGGAUGGCUCGGAGGCUGUGCUCAAGUGCCGCGUGUUCGGCGCACCGCGUCCCAUCGUCAAGUGGAUGCGUGAUGACGUCGACGUCACCGGAGGAAAGUACAACAUAACGGCGGAGGGCGACCUGGUGAUCCGCGAUGUGUCCUAUACCGAUGUAGGCACAUACGAAUGUUACGCAAAGAACAAGUUUGGGGAGAAAUCUGCCUACGGCUCGCUCACUGUUAAGAAACGCACGGUGAUAACGGACAAGCCGGACAACUACGAGGUAGCGGCGGGCUCGUCGGCGACAUUCCGCUGCAACGCGCACGCCGACGACUCGCUGCGGCUCGACAUCGUGUGGCUCAACGACGGACAGCCCAUAGACUUCGAGGCCCAGCCGCGCUUCCGCGUCACCAACGACCACUCGCUGCUCAUCUCCGACACCAGCGAGCUCGACUCCGGCGAGUACACCUGCAUCGCGCGCACCGCCGUCGACGAGGCGCGCGCGCAGGCCACGCUCACCGUGCAGGAUAAACCUAACCCUCCGGCACUGGACGGCGUCGAAUGUCACGAGAAAGUGGCCACCCUCCGAUGGCACUCGAUGGGCGACAAUCGCGCCCCCAUCUUGCGCUUCUCCAUCCAGUAUAACACGACCUUCACGCCGGACUCGUGGGACGUGGCCAGCGACAACGUGCCCGCCAUCGACACCUCGUGGACCGUCGAGCUCAGCCCCUGGGCCAACUACACCUUCCGCGUCAGCGCCUGGAACAAGAUCGGCCCCUCCACGCCCUCCGCGCACUCCGACGUCUGCACCACGCAGCCCGACGUGCCCUACAAGAACCCCGACAACGUCGAGGGCAAGGGCCGCGACCCCACAAACAUGGUCAUCUCCUGGACGAAAAUGCCUCAAAUCGAACACAACGGCCCCGGGUUCUAUUACCUGGUGUCAUGGCGGCGCAACAUUACCGGCCAGCCGUGGAAUGACCAGCAGGUCACCGACUGGCAGGACACCGAGCUCGUUGUGCCCAACACGCCCACCUUCCAGCCGUACAGGAUCAAGGUCAUCGCCGUCAACUCUAAGGGAACUUCCAAUGUAGCUCCCGUCGAAGUUAUUGGGUGGUCGGGAGAGGACACCCCGCUGCAGGCUCCCACCAACUUUACCCUGGUUCAAGUGACCACCGGCACUACCGCCCUGCUCAGCUGGAAUCCCGUGCCCGCUGAAUCUGUGCGAGGACACUUCAAGGGCUACAAGAUCCAGACCUGGACCGACGGCGAGGAAGACAGGGUCAAGGAGAUCCUAGUGAAAGCCGACGCCUCAAGUGCUCUCGUCUCCAAGUUCAGACCCUUUAAGAAAAACAAUGCCCGAAUCUUGGUGUACAACGGCCGCUUCAAUGGACCUCCAAGUGAAGUUUUAAGUUUCCUCACUCCUGAAGGGAAACCAGGAACCGUAAAAUCAUUCGAAGUAUACCCAAUCGGAUCAUCGGCCAUGCUGCUUAAGUGGGACAAACCGAUCGAAGAGAACGGAGUCUUGACUGGUUACAAGAUAUACUAUCAAAAAGUUACAGGAACCGCUUUAGGACCAUUACAAGAGAGGAAAAAGGAAAUCGAUCCCAAAUUCGACCGAGCAAAGUUGGCAGGUCUGGAGCCUAACACCAAGUACAGGAUCGAAAUCCGUGCAAAAACAAAGGCCGGUGAAGGGGAGAAGUAUUACGUGGAGCAGACUACUAAAGCCAUGGUUAACGCUAAGCCGGACAUUCCCAUGUUUGAGACUAUGACGGUGCCGGCUAAGGAGGGGACGGCACAUAUCCUCGUACGCUGGUUGCCUUCGCUAGAUGGUCACCCUGGUACGCACUUCGUGGCGUGGUACAAGUUGAAGGGGCACCCUGACUGGAUGAAGACCAACGAAAUAACGGAAGACGAUUACGUGAUAGUGACGGGGCUGGAGCCAGGACAAGUGUACGAGGUGAAGGUGACCGCACACGACGGAGAGUAUUUCAGUACUAGUGAUGUUAAGGAUGUUGAUACAACUACUGACGGCCCCAUGAUAAUGCGCGACGACAAGAUGGCGACCGCGGGCUGGUUCAUCGGCGUGAUGCUGGCGCUGGCCUUCCUGCUGCUGGUGCUGGUGCUGGUGUGCGUGGUGCGGCGCAACCGCGGCGGCAAGUACGACGUGCACGACCGCGAGCUGGCGCACGGCCGCAGGGACUACCCCGACGGCGGCUUCCACGAGUACACGCAUCCACUGGACAACAAGUCGCGGCACUCUAUGAGCAGCGGCACCAAGCCCGGCCCCGAGAGUGACACCGACUCUAUGGCGGAGUACGGCGAAGGCGAAACCGCGGGCAUGAACGAGGACGGCUCGUUCAUUGGCCAGUACGGCCGCAAGCGCCGCCCCCCGCCGCAGUCGCACACGGACUCCGCCUCGCAGGCCUUCGCCACGCUCGUCUGAUGCACCACCCACUGCCCCGCUGCCCCACUGCCCCACUACCCCACUACCCCACUACCCCACUACCCCACUACCCCACUUCCUGUCUUAUAUGUACCGUGUUGGCAGCUUUUGUCUUAAAUCUCUCUAUUGUGACUUUGCAUUACAACUCAUUUUGAAUCUCUAAUAAACUUGACUAAAAUAUUGGACGAUUCAAAUAUAAAUUCCAAUUGACCUUUUAUGUAUUAAACUCAAAUAUCAAUAAUCUCAAAUAUAGAUUAUGGAGUAUUCGAUUUGGUUGUUCAAAUUCUACCUUAAGUUUAGUAUACUUAAGUAUUUUCGUGGUUUUUAUUGUGCUAUUUUAAAAAUAGUAUUUAUAAAGACCUUCCAGACUAAGCAAAUGUUGCACGAAUCUCUUCUCGUAGGUAAUAUGUUAAGUACAGGUUAAGUUAAGCCUAAUUAGGUUGUAAAAUAUAUAUAAAUAACAUAAGAGAGAGUUGCAGUGAAUGUUUUUCUACUUUAAGAUUUUAUACGCACGAGCUUUGUUAUGUUAUUGGUUUGCAUUUAUAUUUUUUAAAAUAGAUUAGACGUGUCCUUGUUUCCGUCCUGGUCUAUUCCUCCUUCGAUUUUUGUCUAUGCACGAGCAGACAGUUUGUUUUAUUUUUGUCAUGAGGUCGUUUUACUGAGGAUGGAUCGUUUAUCGGUCAGUACGUGCCGGGCGCGCGCGUGCUGCCCCCGCCCCCCGCGCCCGCCCCAGCCCCCGCCGCCGCCCUCGCCGC